UACUCUACACUCUAGAUCUCUGCUACCCCAGUUACCCCCGCCACUCCUUCCUUUUGAUUGCCGCCUGCCCGAAAUAUUAUCCAUUCAAUUAUUUUGUAUUCAUUCACUGGCGGUGCGACGUUACAACUGUCUGUAGUUCAACAUUUCACCCCAAUAUAAAAUUGUAAGCUGAGAGCUAUGUGGUUUGUCAAAGCCAAGACGGGUACAGCUUUGCAGUUGAUAGCGGCACUGCUGCUAGUGUGCGACGCUGUUGCUGUUGCUGCAUUCAGUCCGAAUCGAAUGAGCAAGGAGAGGAACGUCCAAGUGCAAGUCAAUCUCAACACCCAGAUAUGCCACACUUACCCAUGCUGGCCAACGAGCCGUGUGGAGUCACUGAGUGGCUUCUGGGACUUCAAUUUCACGACCAAUGUUGCCGACCCCAAGCACGUGGACUUGAACAAGGUUAUCUACAAUGACAAAAUGGCCGUCCCAGGAAGCUUUGAUGCAAGCCCCCAGUAUGCAGGUGUCCGUGGGACUGCAUUCUACAGAAGAACGGUGUUUGUGAGUGGUGGCAACGGCUGGCGGUUGAAGUUCGAGGCCUGCAGCCUGUGGUGUUCUGUGUAUGUUGAUGGCAAGAUGAUUGCCGAGCACAGUAAUGGAUAUAGUCCGUUCUGGGUGGGCUCAACACCUCGGGAGAGUGGCAAUCAUGAGAUAGUGGUUGUGGUGGACAAUCGCUUUGACAAGGAUCGCACAAUACUGCAAAGUGAAGGUUACGACUUCUAUCAAUUUGGUGGUAUUAUACGGCAUCUCACUCUUCAUGAGGAGUCUGGUUCAGUUGCUAUCCAAGGUGUUGAUGUCAUGACCAAACAAGGAGGCGGCAUUGUGUCUGCUCGUGUACGGUUUCAUGGAUCACAGUCAUUGCCCGGUGAAGUCACUCUGACCUAUACUGUAGAUGGUAAUGCAUCGAGUAGCAGGUCAUCUUCAUUUCCUGUCACUGACGGUCAAGCUACUAUCACUGGCAUCAGAGUAGAUAACCCUAGACUGUGGAGUCCUGAGGCACCAUCUUUACAUACACUGUACGUGUCCAUGGGGGGUACUCUGGGAAAUGAACAAAUCCAGGAUGCGAUCAUUGUCAGGUUUGGACUGAGGUCAGUGGAAGCAUGCAAGAGAAGUACUGGUGAAGCUACUCUGUGCAUCAAUGGUGAGGAAACCAAACUAAAGGGAUUCAGUCGUCAUGAUGCUCAUCCCCAGUACGGUGCAUCCUUGAACCGCCAGCAGUGGAUGCAGGACCUGCAGAUCCUGAAGAAUAUGGGUGGAAAUUACCUGAGGUUGGUGCACUACCCCCAUGAUCCGGAGUUUCUGUCGCUGUGUGAUGAAAUGGGCAUCUUGGUGUGGCAAGAAAACCUUGGAUGGGGAAAUUCUGAAUCAGAUUUGACCAAUCCAGACUUCGUCAAGGCACUACUUCAGGGUGUUGAUGAAAUGGUUAACAACACGUUCAACCAUCCGUCUAUCAUAAUCUGGGCUUUCCUGAACGAGGGCGCUUCGAACAAGAAGAGUGCUUGUGACUCAGCAUAUGUGCCUCAAGCAUCUCGCUACCGAGAGCUUGGUGUCAAUGGUCUUGUGUCCUGGGCAUCAAACAAGAAGCAAUCUGAUGUUUGUCUGGACAAUGCGGAUGUGGUGUCGUUUAAUUCAUAUCCAGGUUGGUAUGGCGACAGUGGAGACUACAGCUUACAAGAUCAGCUGGGCACAGUCGCUCCAGCAAUUCUGGAAGAAGCUUCUUGGGUAGCAGUGAAUCAGAAGAAGCCAUUUAUCAAGUCGGAGAUUGGUGCUGGUGCUAUUCCGGAAUGGGAGGACACGUUCAAUGGCUUCUGGACGGCGAAGUACCAGUCCUCUCUGCUGAGUAUAGUAGCAGAGACUGUGGUGUCUAACAAGAACUUCACUGGUGUGUCUCUCUGGCAGUUCUUCGAUGUUAGGACAUACAAUGGACCCCAUGCCCUGGGGAGGCCACGUGCACUUAAUAACAAGGGUAUAUUGGAUGAGUAUCGCAGACCCAAGCACCCAUCAGUGGAUGCAGUCAGAGCCAUUUUCAAAGGAGAAGUGAAGCAUUCUCAGUGCACACCUUAGGCCACUGCCAGCAUAUGCCGAGAUUAGACCUCCCUAAUUCUAAUUUUAUUCUCACUGAUACUUUUAACCCGGAUGGAGAGCCAAUGAUCAAAAUGGUGAAGACCAAAGAUUUAGAAGUUUAUAUAAUAUCCAUAAUUUAUCCACAGGUUCAACUAUUUACAGAUAUUUUCUUCGUGCCCUAUAAAUCGCCAAAAGAUGAUCUGAAUGAAGCGCA